AUGACAAUCGAUAAGACUUGGGUGACCAUGAGAAAUCGUAAGGAUCCUGCUUACUGGGAAGGUCUCCAAGUCUUUAUGGCACUCGCGUCUAAACACAAAGAUUGUGACGGAAGAAUUUUCUGUCCUUGUGUUAGAUGCAAGAAUACCAGACUGCAUCCUUUAGAUACUGUGGAGGCACAUAUUUUUACCAAGGGUUUUGAAAGCAGUUAUGAGAGGUGGACUUACCAUGGGGAGCCAGAUGAACCAAUCGAGGCUAACAAUGCCGAUGCCGAUGAGAUGGUUGAUGUCAUUGAAGAUUUCUUUCCUCCUAUAAAUGACGAUGGAAGAGCAACCGACGAUGGAAUUCAGAGGGGUCAAUAUUAUGAUGAGAUGUUUGAGGAGAUCGAGGCAGAGUUGUACCCCGGUUGUGAUUGGAUAUCCUCCCUCAACUUUGUAGCAAAGUUGAUGCACUUAAAAAAUUUGGGAAAAAUACCAAAUUAUAUCUUUGAUGAAUUGUUGAAAUUGUUGAAGUUUGCAUUUCUGAAGGAAAACAAAAUCCCUCCAACAUUCUAUGAGGCGAAGAAGAAACUAAGUAAAUUAGGCCUAGGGUAUGAAUCAAUUCAUGUGUGCAAGAACAAUUGUUGUUUAUUUUACAAUGACCAUGCAUCGAAAGAUUUUUGCCCGGUAUGUGGGACCAGUAGAUGGAUUAAUGAGAACACAAGUGGAAAAAAGAUAGCGCAUAAGGUGAUGCGUUACUUUCCAUUAACUCCAAGAUUGAAAAGAUUAUACAGUUCAAGAAUUACAGCCAAAGAGAUGGUAUGGCAUCGUACUGGGCGUGUGAAAGAAAAUGGUGUUAUGCGUCAUCCUGUUGAUUCCGCCGCGUGGAAAAACUUUGAUAGCAGACAUCCGGACUUUGCAAGAGAUCCACGGAAUGUGCGCUUAGGCUUGGCUGCCGAUGGAUUUAAUCCUUUUUGGCAACAUGAGCUUAUCGUAUAG